ACUCAUCUCAAGUCUUCGUCUUGUUGGUUACUCUCAACACAGAAUCGUGCGCCGAAAACCCCAGCCAGAAUGAGCACACAAGGAAGAACAACCAACUCUUCAGCGGUGGGGUUUGACCAUGUCUGUUUCGACGAGGAAGAUGACUUCUCUGCUCGAGAAAGUGCUAUUCCAGAAGCAGCGUCUCAACUACAUCGUGCGAAGGAGCCCUACCGUUCAUUCAACGUUUUCAAAGAUGUAGCACUCGGUACAAAUGCCUUCAGCUUUUGCCUUCAGAUUCACCCUUCUGGGGGACUUGCUCAAUCUCCAAGCCCAGUAUAUCACACCUUGCGCAUCCCCUGGUAUCGCCAAGGCCUGUAUCUACCAGCCUCGUUUGAUCUUUACUCUGGUGGCAAUGUCGUACGUAGCCGAAAAGACCCUUCUCCUAAACCUCAAGACCACCGCGCGCACAUUCACUACCGUGGCUUUGAGGGUCUGUUAAGUCUCCAUGUGACGGUAGACAUAUUCCGCCAAGUAAGCCCUAAUGCACUUCAAAAUGAGCUUCUAGGCUCCGAGGAAGGUUUCCCAGGCCUUUUCAAGCACUGCUCGCUGGACAUCGUUCGGGAGGGAGUUGGUAGGACUUACCGUGUUAGUAUUACUAAUGGUGAGCCUGUCAAAACAUUCUACUGGAAAGGAUCCAAGACUGCAUUGUCUCUCCUUGAAACUGAAGGGAAGGCCUCCGCCCCUAGUGAUGGAAACGGCAAUCUUAAGUUCUUUGCUGCGGAUAAACCAGAUGAUAUUCUUGCGGUGUGGCAGAAUAGAACUGAUCGACAAAUUUUCGGUUCCCUGAAUGUUAUCGCUGAGCUUGAUGCUGAUUCGGAUGGGAUUCUUGAAGGGUUAAUGGUGAGUUGCCUGGCAGUGGUCAUUGCAGAAAGGGUUUCCGGGCGAGGGUGGAUAGGGGGUCUGGGGAAGUCUAGGAAUUGA